AUUAAUGUUGAUUCCAAUAAUUCUACUCUUUGUUUUAGGAAAAUGUUAAGAUGACAUUGUUCAUUAAGAUGGAAUUGAAACGAUUUAAGAAAUCUCUCCAGAAGAAUAACUAAAGUAAUUGUAGGAAUAAAAGCUAAAGAAGGAAAGAGACACUAUUUAUUAUACUUGUAUUAUUUUAGCAAGAAUGCAUUUAGGAAAUUAUGGAAGUGAAUUAGUUGAGAUAGUUGAUAAGUUAAUAUUAAUUAAUAAUUAUUAUAGAUAACCUUCAAAAGAUGAAUAAUAAAAUGUUUGGAUCAAAUUAUAUACAACUCAUGCCAUUUCAUGUUCUUAAUAGUUUACUUAUGAUGAAAGUGUUCAGGUGUUAUUAUAAGUGAGAUCAGAAGAAUUUGAUCAUUCAAGAUUACCUGCGUUGUUUUCUGAAAUUGAUUUUAAUUAAUUUAGAAACGGUUCUUGGGAAAGAGAAAUUAGUGAUUAAGAUAAAACUGUAUGGAAAUAUAUUGAAGUAAUUUUAAUGUAUAAAAAAUUUAGGACUUUGAGUCUGCUUUAGCUGAAGAUUCAAAUAAAAAAAAAUAAUAAGAAAAUUAGAGAGAAGAUGAUUAUGAUGAUUUAGAUUUAGAGUAUUUGAAGAUAGCUGCUUAAUAGACAAAAGGAAAACAUAGAACAUUACAUGAUUAUCAACCAAAAUUACAAAAAGCUAACUUUUCAGAUAUUCUAUUUUUAAUACUUGUUUUUGUGUCUAUAGGAGCAGGUAUAACGUGGAUUAUAAGAAAAUUAAGUAGUGCAGAUGAAUAAUAAAAAAAGAAGAAAACUAAACAAAAUUGA